CGUCAGUAUAUUUUUUACUCUUGUAUUCCAAUUUUAUAUGUUUUGCAUGAGCACGUGACUUUACCAAAACCAUGCUGAGGAUAUUGUUAUUAUUUUAUUUUAUUAUUGCUGCAACUAAUGGACAUAGAGAUAAAUUAACCAACGAUGCAGAUUUACAGUCAGAGCUCCUACCACAGGAACUGAAUCCAUUUUUUGUACCCGCCGCAGAGGAGUCACAAAUGCAGUCCAUGCCGCUAGCACUGAGGUUACGUCGUAACUCAGACGUCGUUACAAUACCAGAAAACACCACAAUGCAACAGAUUGACGUCCCAGUAAAAACUGAGGUACUAGGAAUUAAAGAGAUAACUGAGGUGAAGACGUACACUCGCAUCAUCGCCGGCGUCGUUUUGGUGUUCUCAGCGAUUGUAGAAAUUGUGUCCUACAUUAUCGAAACGUAUUACAGCACAUCGGUUUAGAAAUAAAUUACUUGGUUAUAA